AUGUCGUCGGCAUUUGUUUUCUUGAGCCCGUGUUCCGUCCUUGGAGCGGCGCGUCCUUCCGCCCUCUCCAUAUCGAACCCGGCCCUCAAGUCCACCUCCUUCGUCCCUCGCUUCUCGAAACGCGCCAAAGUCGCAGCCGCGUCCAAUCGGGGAGCCGCCCAUGUGUACAAGACAGAAAUGGCGUUGCAAAACGCCGAUCCCAACGACAAGAUCCUGGAGGGUCCGUUCCAAGGCAAGUUUGGCGACUGGUAUCUGCGCCAGUCCGACGCGAACGGCGUGCUGGGCUACCGUCUAGCCGUGGCCGCUAUGGCGGUAUGCAUGUCUGCGUCGGUGGGCCUCGCCGUCACGAAGGGCACUGAAAUCCCUUCCUCAGUCUACGACGCGCUCUAUUUCACGAAUCUCGUCUCGUUUGGUGUGGCCCUGCAGACCAUUCACAUCUACAUGAAGCCGCUGCACAACGCCCUGAAGGUGCUUUGGGGCCUGGCCUUGGCGGCCUCCAUCGGCCUCGCCGUGUCGCCGCUGCUGGGAGGGGAUGGGCUGGUCAUGGCGGUUUAUGAGCACCCGGCGCUCUUGCUGGCAGUCGGGUGGCAGUUCGUCGCGCUGACGGGGCUCUUUAUUAAGGAGGCCGCGUGCUUUGGGAGAGUUGAGGCUAUCUCGCUCAUCUUUCUGGUCCCGGCACUUGCCGGUGGGCAUUUCUUGGGAUUCUUACCGGGAAAUGUGGAGAGCUCUGGCGCCGUCGCGUUCGCCGCGUUCUUCCUGCUCUUUAGCGCUAGGAAGUUCAUGCAGCCUGCUACGGAUGAUAUCGGGGACAUGUCCGUGUUUGAGUAUCUUGCGAAAGGGGGAUCUUUGUAGAUGUGCUUGUAAGGAGCUGGACGAGACCGACGGGAUAAUUCUUAUGAUGAAAAGACGACGCUUUGGGGGCGGGGUUGUGAAAGCUUGACGUUGUCAUGCCGUGGGCGAGCGAAGUUUGCAUAUGCGUUAGAUUCUGAGUGAGCGUGCGUGGGUAUCGGCAAGGUCUGGCCCUCAAGGUGUGGAGACUCUCUUGCAUGAUGUGAAUACUGUAUGUGUGACCUUUGUACAUGGUUGGGGUCCAUGUGUAGUUAUGCAAUUAGCCCGCUACCUUUCUAUCAUGUUUGAUGGCGAUGGGUAUUUGUAUCGACAGUAGUGUUGAAGUGUGAAAGCUGGGCAGGAUAUCGAUAUUUGACUACAACAAGGGUUAAGACUGUCCGACGCUUUGUGCCCGGUGACACGGGGGAUGCUCUGCGAUGAAAAAACUUUUUGUUUUCAAGGGAUUGCACCGUGAAACGUACGUGGUCAGAUUUAGCGACUUGUCAAGGGACAUGGGAUACUGUACGACAAAAAGGGAUAUGAGGAGUGAAGAUGGCAUUGCUUGGACUUUGCACACAAGGUGUUGAAAGGCAAAAGGAGAUGUUCUGUGACCAAAACUUUUGACCAAGGUUUUUACCAGGAGGUUUUACGAGUUGUGCGUCCAAGCUGUCACAGAGUGCAUCGGCGCGACAAGUGAUAAUUUGCUCAGGCGGACGCUUCUUCCUUCUUGGAAGCUUGCAUGGUGGAGAGAAACGCGUUGUAGCCGACUUGGAUGGUGUUAAUGUACAGGAUACGCUGCGACGAGGGGAUGAAACGGAAGUUGAUGAUAUGAGCAACGGGCCAACUGUGUCAAACGGGCAAGGGAAUUGCGCGGCAGGGGUACGAACAAAUGCGCCGAAUAAAAAAAAAGGUCAGUCGUUGUAA